CCGAGAUCGAUAAUAUGUCAAUACCGUGGUGGAUCAUCCCUCUUCUAGGCUACCUAGCAUAUAACCGAUUCAAGAAGCAACCUCAAGGAGGGGCGACAGGGCAGUCAAUGGCUGCCAGCCCAGCUGCCGUGGCCUUCUCCUUGCACUUGCUGGUACUGGUUAAUGCUGUCCUCUAUAUAAUCCCCCUUGUGGCAUACGUGGCUCAUAUACCAUCGAUGGUCUUCUACCGAAUGACCUUCAUGGGCAGUGCUUUCGUCUGCAUCUACACUAUCUGGACUAACUAUGGUCUUCCUCCGGUUCGGAGUGGUAUGCAAGCCUUCCAGAUGUGGAUGAGUCGAGUCACCUUGGGUGCAGACUUCCCGUUCCUUUUUAUGAGUUUGUUACUGGCGACAGGAAGCUUCAUGCCGAAUAUAUUUGGGUUGUUCGUCAUUGUACGUCGUUCCCUCUGGUACUGCGGUUCUUUUGCUAACUCGCACCUUACCAAUGCUCCUGUUUGGGCCAAAAUCCAACCUUUUUGGCUGAAGCUCAAGUCUAAAGAAACAGAGAUAAUGCGGGUGUCCACCAUAUGCGAACUUGGCAUCGGUUUCCAGUACAUCAUCAAUUUGUUCACCCCCUACCGAGAGAUCAUGUCAUGUUUCCUCUUCUGGAGUCUACUGCGGAUAAGGUACCAAGCACCAAGGUCUUCGGCUCAUCAUCACGAGGCGUGGGGCAUCGUGGAUUCGAAAACACGAACCCUAACGUCCCUCCCAGUGAUAAGUACUGUCGUACAAUACGGGAAGAAAUGGUUCAGUCAGAGCCUCGCUACUCAGCAAGCACAACAAUGAUACUGUUAAGUUUGUUUCGACCAAUACACCUCAUCUUU